AUGAGGAACCAAGAGACAGAUGCAGGAAAAGUAGAACAUGAGCGAACAAAGAGGGGCGGAGUGAAAGCGGUGGUGUACGCAGAUGUGGUACAAACCUUGCUUAUGUUUGCUGGGGUGGUGGUGGUGACAGUGAUAUGCUGCCAACAGCUGGGAGGACUUACCAACGUCUGGACAAUCGCUGAACAAGGAGGACGACUAGAGUUCUUUAAUAUGGACCCAAGUCCCUUCGUGCGUCACACCUUCUGGUCAACACAGGUUCAAGGAGCCUCCACAGCACUCAGCUUACUUGGCCUGAGUCAGCCUCAGUUUCAGAGAUUCAUCUCAGUCAGAACUCUCAGCCUUUCGCAGUUACUUUGCACUUUAUUUAUAAUGGGAUUGUGUCUACUGUGGGGGAUCUUCUACUUCUCUGGCCUCGUCGCCUAUGCUGUCUACAACAACUGUGAUCCAUAUACCUCGGGAAGAAUAACAAAACCUGACCAGUUAAUGCCUUAUCUGGUAGCAAAUAAGUUGAAUCAUCUACCAGGCUUGUCAGGGCUCUUCGUAGCAGCGGUAUAUGGUGGUGUUCUCAGUUCACUAUCAUCAGUCGGGAACGCCAUAGCUUGUGUUAUCUGGGUGGACUACCUGAAGGACCUGCCGUACUUUGGUAACACCACUGAACGUCGUUCCACCAACAUUAUUAAGAUUUUGUCAACUACGACGGUGAUGGUGGGUACAUGUAUAGGAUUACUGGUGGGAGAGCUGGGCACCAUCUUUAAUGUGGCCAACACCCUCAUAAGCGCCAUCAAGGGACCCCUUGGUGGUAUCUUCCUGGUGGGCAUAUGUGCUCCUUGGGUUAAUAAAAAGGGCGCCAUCGUGAGCGUGUGUCUGGCUUUCUUGUUCAACAUGUGGCUAGUGAUUGGCAAACUAGUAAGAGGUGGUGGAAACCCCAAGAAGAUGCCUCUCUCUACUCUCGGCUGCCCAGAGAACUUUAACAAUACUCUCCGAGUCACCUUCAUCGAUGUUCUCCAUAAUGGCCUCAAUAACACACUUGGCUUCAACUUCACUACAACUGCUGUACCAAUGCCUGAAGGCUCGGAACACACCAUCUAUGACAUCUCGUACUGCUACAAUUUGAUCAUUGGUAUCAUAAACACCUUCAUCAUCAGCACUGUCGUCUCCUUCCUAACAGAGAUAAUCCAGUCAGCUCUUUAA